AUGGCUGACCCUGGCUCCGCUCUAGACACUGGCUCCAAGCCAUUUGCAUGCCGCAUCUGUGGACGACAGUUCAGCAGGCCUGACUCUGUCACGAGGCACCAAAAAACUCAUAGUCAAACCGAGCAACAGCAACGUACACAGCAAGCUCAAGGUCAGCAGCAACAUCAACCCCAAGAUGGCUGGCCCUUGUCUCCUAGCAUGUCGGACUAUACAAGCAUUCAAAGUGUUAUGGAGCAGAAUCAGAGCAUUACCUAUAACCCAGUAUCAGAUAUGAACGAGCACAUGUUCACCGAUCCAGCUUUGUCUAAUUCAGAGCUCGAUAUACACCUGGAAUGGCCUGAUUCAGAAGCCCUGUUGCAAAGCAUAGUCACAUUCGACUGGGGUUCUUUGACCUUACCACCAGGAAACAUACUCAAACCUCAAGCAUACCAAGAGGCAGCAGGACCCCAGCCAAAUAUUAUCUCCGUUGCACAGCCCGUUGGUGGCAAGGAGAACCAGGAUCCCAAUCAGUUAUCACCCGUCAAUGGCUCCCGGGAUGCCAUCCAAAGCCUCAGUGACAUGGUUACAUGCCUUUCACAGAAUGUCACCUCAGCGGCAAAAUCUUUACCAGAACUAAACCCUGCUUUUCUUGACAGCUGUCUUCAAGCAUACUUUUCCCACUUCAACAUCUACUUCCCUAUUCUUCAUCGACCAACGUUCGUAUAUCGCGAUUGCUCACCUAGUUUAAUCCUUAAUGCUAUGGCACUUGGAUCAUUGUUCAUCGGCACAGAAGACGCCGCUAAAGGGUGGACGGCGCUAUUACGCCAUCGAGGUCCCUACGAUUCGCAUAGGGGCGUCCAGCUCGUGCUAACAGCUCUUCUUGGCCAAUGUUAUGCUGUGAUGUCCGAGAAAACAGACCUUAAAUUGACCAGCCAAGUCUUCCAUAGUCUGGGAUUUAGCUGGGCACACCAGAACAAGACUUGCAGACCUCGAUCAUCUGAACAACAACCCGGAGAAAUCAGCGAUGAAUAUGCCUGGAAGCAAUGGGCCGCAGAGGAAGUCUAUCACAGAGCUCUUGUUGGCCAUUACAUACUCGACGGUCAGCUAAGCUAUCUGUCAGGUAAACCAGAUGCUGCUACGCUGCAUGCAGCAAACACUCUCAGGCUUUCAGCUUCUUCAAAGGCAUUUGAGGCCCGAGAUCCUCAAGAGUGGCGCCGAAUCAUGGACGAUGAACAAUCCGAAGACCCCACGUUCUCCUUCAGUGAUAUCUACCACGAGCUCUUCGCCACGACCAAUCCCGACGAUGAGAUUAGUCCAUGCUUACGCAGUGUAAAAGCAUCACUCGAUGUGCGUGUCGUGCUGGAAUGCCUACAUGCCUUGGUCCUAGAGAACCGCGAGGCACAAUCUCCAAAAUCCAUCGUCAAAAUUCCGGCGCUGCUCGAUGUGAAACAUGCUCUGGUGCGGGUAUUCCAUCUUUUAAACGACACCUGGUCCUUCGAUGAGAACGAGCGGCUAGAGUUAAUGAUCAGGUGGCAUUUUAUCUGUCUAGAUAUGGUUUGCAACUCAAUGGAGCUUUUUGACCAAAUCUGUCGACAUCUCCAGAUAGACCAGCACAUUUUCAAGUCAAGAGAAAGCGGCAAAGAGCUUAAAGAUUCCAUCCAGUGGUUUAGAGGAUCUACAGACGCCAGAUGCGCCUUUUUACAUGCCGCUGCUAUUCAAGACAGCGUCAAUCAACUCCCCUUCAACCGCACCAACACCUUCUGGAUGCCAAUGUCUAUAUUCGCCGCCUCCGGCAUGUAUUCAUUCUCCCGCCUCAGCGGAAUGGCAUCCGUUUCUGUACCUGCAUCGAUUCACUGGGAGUCUACACUGGUUGAUCAGUCAAACGUUGGGGAAGCAAUGCAGCAGGAUAUUUCUUGGAAAAAGACCCAGGCUUUUAUCUCCUCAAACAUGAAAACAACAAACUACGGUAUAGGACCAGCACGAAAUCUGCCAUUCGAAAUGAAGAAAAUGCAGACGUUGAUGCGUGGGCUUGCUAGCCAAUGGGGCGUAGCUGUUGAGAUGGUGGAACAGCUGAAGAAGGAUCCAUCUCGAGCGGCCGCUCAAUAUUUGAAUGGUGCACGAGCCAAGAUCCUUCUCAAAUCAAUUCAAAAGAAAGAUGCGAUGGUUCAAUAUCAGCUAAUUGAUAAGCAGAGUGAAGUCACAACAUGUAAUAUGAGCCAUGAUCUGAAGAGUGAUAAUGCGAUCUAA